UCGGCGACAUCCAAAUUUGAGAAUACCUCCCCAAAUCAUACCUUAAUCUGCGGUAACCUAUUUUCGUUUCAGCAGAUCGGCUGAGAACACAGCAUGACAACAUAAUCAUUAGAAUAAACGAACAAUUGGUACCCAAAUAAGGAUGACGGAUUCAUCGACUCAGUUAUUAGAAUCCGAAAGACAACUGGCUGCUGAAGAAUUAUGUUUGAGGAAGAGUCUCACUCUGAUCGAAGAACAAAUUAAUAUUCUUCAGGUCGAGCAGCUCCAUUUAAUAGCAUUACUGAGGAAAUCCUCAAAGGUAUCGCCAAAGAAAGUACCGAGCGAAGCCCCAAUUGAAGCCAAAGUUGAAGAGCUCGAUCUCAAUGUACCACUUCAUAUGAAAGUAUAUAUGACAGAGGAAGAAGAAGAAGAAGAAGAAGAAGAAGAAGAAGAAUUUGAUGAAGAUUUUUGAUUUGCACUUGCAUAUACUUGCCAGAAGAGAUUGAAAUAUUCGCCUACAUUAUUUAUCACCACGCCCAUAAAGACUGACCAUUUGUAUAUACAAAGAAAUGAAACAUUUUUCUGAAUGUAAAAAGAGACGCUAGAAACCCACUACAAAGAUGUUUUCAUAACGAUUAAAUAUCGUCUUUAUUUUUUA